AUGAAGCUAACUGCGUUAAAAUUGAUGUCGUGCCUGUUUAUCACAUUACUACUCGCAGUAAUCGCCUUCGGAUAUCCCGCCAGCAACAGCGAAGUACUAUAUAAUUUGCAGGCAAUUGAGAAUAUGAGGCAGAUUCCACAAUGGCACUGUCUCCGCUAUAGAAAGUUUGAUUUUGUCCGUCGCUGUCGGAAUUAUCGCUCAGGAAGAAGACACUGACAAAUGGACAUUCAAUAUGAUCCACGAUUGGCAAUAAUACAUUAUGGCCAAUUUCGUCGUCCAAUCAUGCAGAACACUCCGUUUCAC